ACCUUCCGGUCUAAGCCGGUUCAGGUAAGAACCUGAGCGGACUCGAGGGGUUCUGCCCCCCCCCCGCCUCUAUAUUAGGGAUGUGAGCUGGUUAGCGCCGAGUUUUGCUAGGGUUUAGGUACAGUGAGAGAGAGGUCGGAGAUCUUUCCGAAACCUUAGACGAUUCCAGCUCCUUUCUCUCUGAAAUCCCGCCGACAUGAGUAGAUCUGGCCAGCCUCCUGAUCUCAAGAAGUAUAUGGACAAGAAGCUUCAGAUCAAGCUGAAUGCAAACCGGGUUGUUGUUGGCACGCUCCGUGGAUUUGACCAAUUCAUGAAUCUGGUGGUUGACAAUACUGUGGAGGUUAAUGGCAGUGAGAAGAAUGAUAUUGGGAUGGUGGUUAUCAGGGGAAAUAGUGUGGUCAUGAUUGAAGCAUUGGAGCCAGUCAGCAAAACAUAAUAACUGCGUAUUGCUAAUGGUUCCAUAUUUUGAACCAAAUGGCCGAGGAAUUUACGGUUUAUGUACUUUAAUGACUUGAUGACUGUUGUCUUGUCUAUUUCUAUUCUGUAUAUUUAUGCUAAAAUGAUCUAAAUUUUACUCAAUUGAUAUGGAAAGAUGGAAUUGCUGUCGAUGACUA